AUGGCGUUCACGAAGAAGGUCUCUAUCAAAGAGCGCCCCCUCACCUUGGAGUUUGUAUGCGACCACGACUACAAAUCAGCAUAUCUCAAGAAGGUUCACUACCUGCUCCGAACGACAGAUGGUCGCGUCAUCGCACAAGCCUUCGGGGAGAUUAUCUUACGCAACCAACUGGUCGCAGAUCGUCGCUGGGAGGCCGACAUGGAGGUCGGCGAAUUGCGCCCUGCGAUCUGCCAGCUUUUCAACUCCCGCGCCCGCCUCCCUGUGGAACAUAUCUCGAACCCUCACCUUAGGGGUACGGGAGUUUGGGGGUCCGAACUCAACAGGGGAUCCAUACUGACGGUGGACUACAUCGCAGUCGAGAAAGAAUGGCUGCCUCAGACCGUUGUUACCCCGUUUGUCAAGCUCAUUCUUUCCCCGAAGAUGACUACUAUGGAGAUCGAUGCUCCGGACAUCUUUCCCUGGCUGCUCGAGAGCUGCACCUUUGCUAUCGCUGCACCUUCUAUGUGUUUUCACUCAGGUGGCCCAGACGGUGUCGAGGGCACCAAGUUACUCCAGGACGCGGGGUUCAGGCGAAUUGGGUGUUCGAACUUAUUGGCCAUGGCCUUGCGGGAUUCUUCGCAUCCAUCUCGAUCGCUGCCUGCAAGCGAAGACGCCGACGAGAUUGACACGUCCACCAUGGCCGCAUCGCUGCCAUUUUGUGAACUCCCUUCUGCAUUGCGCGAUCUAAUCCGGCCGAGUUGGGGUGAGGAUCAGACGCGGUCUCCUCUCUGUACCUUGAUUGUCGAUCGGGAGUACUCGGAUGAAGACAUCGUCAUAGUCAUCGCCGACCUUGCCGCCAAUCAGCAACAAGCACACUUCGUUAUGCCCGAUUCCGUUAGGCGUAACGCAACUCCGCUCCAUCUCGCUGCCAUACAGUUCAGGGUUGCGGUGAUAGAGAAGCUUCUUGCUUCGGGUGCACGUGAAAGCUUGUCAGCUAUCACUGUGGACGGGCUGACACCGUUGGAUUGUCUUCAUCGUGAAAUGCGCGCUACGCGGGACUUGGCUUGGAAACACUCGGUCGCUUGGCCAGGACAUUCUCCCGAAGCCUUGCAAUCCCAACAUAUCUUGCUCAAGGCCAUGGAGCGGCCAAUUCCUGUAGGGGAUUCUGCGCGGUGGGGUUGCACUUGCGGUCAGUGCACGGGCGGCUGGCUUUCGCCAGCUAUGCUCUAUCAGAUACAAGUGCAAGCAGAGCAUGGAGCGAGUGUCUCUUACAAAGAGCCAAUCCAGCUUACAGUGGGUUUCCGUGACCUUCCUCGCCCAAUCCAAUUCUACACGCUCGAAAUGCUUGAGUGGUUCGAAUUCAUCGAGUACAUCCCGAUGCCCGUCCGCGAGGCAGGCGUCAACGCCAUGUUUCUAAAGGGGUAUUCGGCCAUCUUCGCAGCCAUAGCAUCCCUUGUCAAGCAGCAUGCGAUUCCGACAGUGGAGGCCGUAUUAGAAGCAGUGUUGGGGAAGGACGGCUUGAAGGUUGAAGAAUUGCGCUUCUUUCUCGAGAACGGCGGAAAGGUUGAAUAUGUCUUGAACGCGACUUUUGAUCUUGCCUUUCUCAAUGUAAGGCGCCACAACCGCCUCAAACGCAGUAUUACUUACCGUUAA